UUGUAUUAUUUGAGUCGCUUACCGCAUGUUAACUCAUUUGGAGAGAAACGUUGAUAAAAAGGAAGUUUAAACUUUAUUUUCUUAUUUUUGUGAGUUGUUAGUAAAUGUAUUUGGAUUUACAACAGCAUCGAGAGCUCAAUCUGACAGAGACUGUGUCUACAUUUAGUAAUAAACUACAAAACGUUCUUAGCAUAAUGGAUAUUAUCAAAAUUUUUCUUGUAAUUCAACCAAUGUUCACUGGAACUUUUUCUGAUUUGAUUGAAGACCAUCUUUUCAAAAAUUAUUCUACUUUUGUAAAACCUCGACGAAAUCAGAGCGAACUUGUUGAAGUAAACGUUUCAAUGAUAAUCAAAACUGUUCUCAAAGUGGAUGAAAGAUUUCAGUAUAUCUCAUUUUUUGGAUGGUUCAAUGUUCAAUGGAAGGACGAAUAUCUGACAUGGGAUGAAAAUAAACAUCCGGGGAUAAAAAGAAUCAACGUUCCCUAUCAAAGAGUUUGGAUACCAGAUAUAUCCUUGUAUUACUCCGAAGAACAUAUCCAUAACCUUGGAGCACAUCCAUUUGUAUCCAUCACUUCUCAAGGUCAAGUGACUUGGUUUCCAGGGGCAAAAUAUACGGUGCAGUGUCAUUUGCUUGUGAAAAAGUUUCCGUUUGAUGAACAGAAAUGUAGCAUGGUAGUUGGGGCAUGGCAGACAACCGACUGGAUGCAGAAAAUUAUUCCCCGUACAAGGUCGGACAAUAAUGUCAAAAACAUAACAAAAAAUGGUGAAUGGGAGUUCAAAAGAUUUACCCACACUGUCAUCCAUAACUCUGAGUUUGACUUAACUCAAAUUGUUUACACGCUGGAAUUCCAGAGAAGGUAUCAGUACUUUAUAUUGAGCACGGUUAUGCCUGUAAUUAUUCUUGCCAUGAUGAAUUCUCUGACAUUUCUAAUUCCGGUAGAAUCUGGAGAGAGAAUGGCGUACUGUUUGACUCUGUUCCUAACUUUUACUGUAUUUUUGACCCUAUUUGAUCAAACAAUGCCGCGAAAUUCCACGGAUGUUCCGUACAUAACUGUUUUCGUUGCGUUUCAUCUGUUCCUAUGUUCAAUUUCGACUAUAGUUUCCCUCAUUACAAUCAAAGUAAAAACCGCAUCCGAAACGGAAAUAGUGCCUACGUCAUCAUCAGAAAAUGUCGUUGAAUUUUUACCCUCUAAUGUGGAAAUGAGAAAUAAUAACUGUAAACGUAUUACUAGCAUCAGGAAGGAAAGUCUGCACUGUACAUCAUCGAAAGUGUUUUGCACAUCUGUAAUAUUGCGCAAAAUUGACUCCAUUAUGCUUGUGAUGACUUUCUUAAUUCUUGGUUUAUCUACAUUUGUUCUGAUUGUUUGUUAUUUAAACUAGAAAGAGUAAAUUUGAAAAGUCUAAUAUCUUCAGAUCAAAACCAAUAACUUAUGGGCUUAAGCCUACAGACCAAACCAAAUAUCUCAAGAUCACAUCUAUGCAACAAGAGUCGGGGCAUUAAAAGAUUCGUAUUUCAAGGAAUACCAUUUAAAAUAGUAGAAAUA